CCUUGACUUUUUGGGCUCUUAACAGAUUUCUAUCACAAUAUAAUAAUUCUUCAGCCACAAAUCCUUUCCUUUCUCCUUCCACAUCCCUUGUACUCCUCAUCAUAUAUCAUGAGUCAUCAACAAGCCCCCGUUGUAUAUCCACGACCCGCCGCAGAAUAUUCUAUGCCACCAAUUCCUCCGUCAUAUCCACCGGCGGCGCCAGCACAGCCAGUAGUAACUGGAUAUGAGGGACACAACAAUAAUAAUUACCAAGUGCCCUAUGUUGCAGCUCCACCACCAGCUGGUUAUCCCACCACUAAUUAUUAUGGUCGUGACCAAACUAAUCAUGUUGUUCCUGCACAAACCAAUUCUAAAGGUGAAGGCUUUUGGAAAGGCUGUGUUGCUGCCUUGUGCUGCUGCUGGGUCUUAGACGUCUGUUGUUGCUGAGAGAUAUAUAAAAGAGGAGCUUAUUACGCACACUUAUUCUAGUGGUAUUUAUAUAUAAUUAUUAAAAUCUGAAUCUAGCCUUGUGUAAUGUUUCUCCUAGCCUUAAAUAAAAGAUGUUCAAAUGGGUUUUGUGUAUCACUUAUUAAGGAGUAUAUUUGUAAAGUGAAA